UUCCAAUAAUGGUGUUGCUCAUUCCAUCAUUUAUUCUAGAUACAUCAUUUCAUUUUAAUGAACUCACAUGGAAAUCUCUGUCAUCUGCAAGGGACAACGUCGUUAAUGAGCUCAGCAACAACUUACAGCUUGCAGAGAAAGAUAAGUGAGAUUGUCUUUAACCCUGCCUAUGUCUAUAAAUUCUAGAUCACGCAUUAUACCAGGAAACAUGCAAAAGCACAAGAAUCUAAAGAGCAUCAAAAUCAGUAGCAAAGUAGGCUUUUAAUUAUUUGCUCUAAAGGGACUCUUUCUUAGUAAGGAUGAAUCAUGGUAUUGUGUGGUUCAUGGUGGUAGCUAGUUUUAGGGUUGUAGACCAUCAUGGCUGUAAUGGACAACAGAUCAGUCCUAGUCCUCUUCCUCUUUCUCUUAAUUCUCUUCCUCCUCCUUAUCCUCCACCUGCUAUGAUACAAUUUCCACCGCCUCCGUCUGAUCUAAUACAAUCUCCGCCGUCUUUAUCUAGUGUAACACUAUUUAGACCACCACCGCCUCCUUUUCUUGAUGAUCCUGAUCCAUACAACUACUAUGAUAAUGAUGAUCACGAUUCCAAGUCCGAUAUCGAUAUUGUGAUCGUUGUUCUAGUGGCGGCCAUACUUAUUGUUCUCAUCAUCGCCCUUGUCGUCAUGGAAAGGAAAUAUAGAAGCGUUUCAUCGAGCCUCAGUCAUCUUUAUAAACUCCUCGAAAGCAUUUCUACGAGCCUCGGCGAAAUUUCAACGAGCCUCGGUGGCAUUUUAAAAGGCGUCGGCAACAUUUCUUCAGGCGUCGACAAAGUUUCUAAGCCCCUUGAAAAGUUUUCUGAAGACUUCGGAAAAAUUGCCAAGCCCCUUGCGGAGAUUUCUAAGCGCCUCGGGGAGUUAGAGUGCAAAGUGUCUGUAUCAGUGGAGCAAUGUCGUUGUGGUAAUCCUACCUGCAAUUGUGGUUCUACCUGUCAUUGUGGUUCCCAUAGUCCAUGUCGUUGCUAGUAUGUGUAUACAUGUGGUCGAUAUUGUUGGUACGACUUUGCUAUACCUGCAUUGAUAUGCUAUUGUAGUUGUUCUAAGUUUAUAAUUGUUGUUUUAUUUGUAGUUCAUGCUGUUGCUAGUACUUGUAUAUGCGUCACAUAUUAUUUUAGUUGUUCUACCUAUAGCUCAUGGUGUUGUAGUGGUUCUACCUAUAAUCAAUGCCAUUGCUAGUGCUAGGCUAUCUUUGUAGUGCUUUAUAAUGGGUAUAUCUGUAAUUGAUAUAAUUGCUAGUUCUUAUUUUUCA